AUGGCGGCGUCCGGGGCGGCGGCGCGCAGAGCGGGACCCCGAGCGGCGCCCCCGGCCCGGGCCUCGCGCCUCCCGCGGCUGCUCGUGCUGCUGGCGGCGGCGGCGGCGGGGCCGGGCCCGGGCCCAGGCGGCGCGGCACAGCUCUACCGCCCGGGCCAGGACGCCGUGUGGGUGCUGGACAGCGGCGGCGUGCGGAGCGCCACGACCAACAGCUCGGCGGCGUGGCUCGUGCAGUUCUACUCCUCGUGGUGCGGCCACUGCAUCGGCUACGCGCCCACCUGGCGGGCCCUGGCCGCGGACGUGCAAGAUUGGGCUGCUGCCAUCCGGGUGGCUGCGCUGGACUGCGCGGACGACAAGAACCAGGAUGUGUGCCGUGCCUACGACAUCCGCUUCUACCCCACCCUCCGGUAUUUCAAGGCCUUCACGAGGGGCUUCUCAACCGGAGAGAGCUUCAAAGGACCCGACAGAGAGCUGCGGACGGUCAGGCAGGCAAUGAUCGACUUCCUGCAGAACCACACGGAGGGCCGCCGGCCGCCGGCCUGCCCGGCCCUAGACCCGAUCCCGCCCAGCAGUGUCCUGGCCCUCCUGGCCUCGGGCAGCGGCCGGCACGUGGCUAUUUUAUUUGAAACCAACGGCUCGUACGUUGGCCGAGAGGUGGCCUUGGACCUGGUCCCCUACGAGAACGUCGUCGUACACCGAGCCCUGGAUGGGGACAAGGCCCUGCUGGAGAAGCUCGGCGUCACCUCGCUGCCGUCUUGCUACCUCAUGCACCCCAACGGGUCACACGGCCUCGUCCACGUCGCGAAGCCGCUGCGCUCUUUCUUCGCGUCUUACUUGAAGUCACUGCCUGGCGUGAGGAGGAAGCCGCCCGCCCUGCCCGCGAGGCCCAGCGAGGACAGCCCGGUGACCGUGGUCUGGAGAGAGUUUGACAAGUCCAAGCUGUACUCGGCCGACCUGGAGUCGGGCCUGCACCACCUCCUGCGGAUGGAGCUGGCCGCCCACAGGUCCCUGGAGGGGGCCGAGCUGAAGACACUCAAGGACUUUGUCACGGUCAUUGCCAAGUUGGUCCCUGGCCGGCCACCAGUCAGGAAGCUGCUGGAGACGCUGCGGGAGUGGCUGGCCAGUCUGCCCCUGGACAGGGUCCCCUACAGCGCCAUCCUCGACCUGGUAGACAACAAGAUGCGGAUGGCCGGAAUGUCCCUCCCUAACCGCACCACAUGGGUGGGAUGCCAGGGCAGCCGCCCGGAGCUCAGGGGCUACCCGUGUUCGCUCUGGACGCUGUUCCACACCCUCACCGUGCGUGCCGCCACCCACCCGGAGGCCCUGCUGGGCACAGGCCUGGAGGACGACCCGCCCGCGGUGCUGCAGACCGUACGGAGGUACGUGCAUACAUUCUUUGGCUGCAGGGAGUGCGGGGAGCACUUUGAGAACAUGGCCAAGGAGUCCCUGGACACAGUGAAGACCGCAGACCAGGCCAUCCUGUGGCUCUGGCGGGCACACAAUACCGUGAACGGGCGCCUUGCAGGGCACCUGAGUGAAGACCCUGCCUUCCCCAAGGUCCCGUGGCCCACUCCAGACCUGUGCGCGGCCUGCCACGAGGAGGUCAGAGGUGUGCACAGCUGGGCCGAGGGCCGCGUCCUGGCCUUCCUGAAACACCACUACAGCGCCCACAACCUCCUCCAUGCCUACGCCGCGGACCUGGGCGACGGCUCGUGGGACACGGCCCCGGGCAGGAGCCUCCGGCCCGCCGCGCCCUCCCACGGCUGGCGCCACAGGCUGGACAGCGGGCUGCACGGAGCCCGGCAGGAGGCUGAGGCGGCCGUGCCCGUCCUGGGCGUGGGCUUCUCCAGCCUGGACAUGAGUCUCUGCGUGGUCCUCUACGUGGCCUCGUCGCUCUUCCUCAUGUUCAUGUUCUUCUUCUUCCGGGUGAGGGCCAAGCGCUGGAAGGGCAGGCACCACUCCCCGGCCGUGUAGUGGCCGGCCCCGCCCUGCCGUCACUCAGGACCUGUCCGGCCACGGCCUCGGGGAGGGGCGGUGCUGGAGCGGUGGACCUCUGCCCUCCCCGGUGCAAGCCGCAGCCCAGCCUGCCGCUCCUGCUCGUCCCCACGGCGCCCAGCCGGAAGCCAGGAGCCGCAGGGGCGCCCCUGCCUGGCAGCCUGCGCCGUGAGAGGAGGCUGCCCUUGGGGGUACCUUCCAGGCAGCCAAGGAGCCGAGGCGCCACGGCAGGCCUCGGGGCGGCCUCGCCUCUGCCUGCACACUGUGACACUGGCGCCUUCAGGGAACACCUGGUCUCCCGCUUCUCGUGUGGGCACGGUGGGCGCAGACUCCUGCCCACCUGGCCGUGUGGUUGUAAAUGCCGUUUCCACUUGGCCAGUCUCCCACUUUGUGCUUGUGGUGGGGAGGGGGUGGGCUUGGCGCCUGGCCUGAGCGGGGGCUGCCUGCCGUCUCCGGUGGACGGCGAACACCAGCUGGCUUGUCCUGGUGGCCGCUGGCUCCCGCAGGCACCGAGAGCCCCGGGACCCCCAUGACCCGCUGGACACUCCCUGCGGGCCCAGCAGAGCCAGCGUCGCCGUGCCGCCUCUUCGGAACUGGAGCCCCUCAGGGCAGGCUGAGCUCUAUUUUUUAUAAUUUUAAGUAUUAAGAGGUGUCUCAACUGUGGGUAUCAACAUUCAGUAAUUUAAAUGUCUAUUUAUUUUUCCUGGAGGGAUUUUGAUUUUAAAGAGGCGGAUUGCCGUGGAAAUGUGGGUGAGCAUUUUGUAUUUCAAUAAA